AUGAAGAGCCGUUGCCUCGUUCUCGGAAUCGGAGAGUGCAUUCCCGCCGUUCACCUGCUUCUACACAGUCUGCUCCUCGUGGCGCACGCAUACACGCCGCUCAACGAGGCCUUCCUCACGAACAUCUCGGCCGGAGUGCUCGACUCGGACUUCAACCCUGCCACGGGGAGCCUCCUCUCCCCGAUCCUGGUGCCGCGCGCUCCCGGCUCGGCCAACCACGCGGCGGUGCUGCAGCACUUCGUGGGCUUCUUCAGCACCCAGCUGCCGAAGUGGAAGAUCGAAUGGGCCAACUCGACUUCCACGAACGCGGCCGGGGUGGAGCUUCCCAUCGCGAACCUGGUCCUCAGCCGCGAGCCGCCGUGGACCCAGGCCGGACAGGCGAACUGGUUGACUCUGGCGGCGCACUAUGAUAGCAAGAGCCUGCCCGAUGGCCUGGUCGCCGCGGCCGACGGGGCCGUGCCGUGCACCAUCUUGAUGCACGCUGCCCGGAGCAUGGAUCGGUACAUGACGCAGAUGCACGACGAGAUGGACGCGCUGGGAGAAGGCGGAACCGUCGCGAUGGACAUGGGAGUGAAAAUCGUAUUCAUCGACGGGAAAGAGUCCCUCGACGGAGGAAAAGAAGCGGCGUUGUACGGAUCGAGAGAUCUGAGCACAGUCUGGGAGAAUCAGAAAUACCCAGCCGGCGCCCAAUACCCCAACGCCCUGAGCCAAGUCCGGCUCUUCGUCCUGCUCGACUUCCUGGGCGCCGCCAACCCGACCGUCCCGUCCUACAGCGUCGACACGCACUGGGCCUUCAAGAAGAUGAUCGAGCUCGAGGCCCGCCUGCGGAAGAUGCAGCUCCUCGAGAGCCGCCCGCAGGCCACCGCCUUCACCUUCGAGACGAGCGAGGCCACGGGCCGCGCGGUCGCCGCCGCGGAUUACGUGCCCUUCGCGCAGCGCGACGUCCCGUUCCUCUACGUCGCGCCCUAUCCCCUCCCGGAAACGCGCCACACGGUGAACGACACGGGCGCCCAUCUCGACAUGCCGACCGUGAGGGACUGGGUCAAGAUCAUCACAGGCUUUACAUUCGAGUGGCUGGACAUGAUGGAGGUCUGGCCCGAGCGUGAGUGCCCCUGGGAGGACGCAAGGCAAAGAAUCACCUGCGGAGUCUACAGUGUCAUGGUCCCAUCGACCCAGGCCCAUUCGGGUCUCGGAGUCAAAUUCAGCUAUGGCAUAGAUGGAGCCGUGCUGAAGGCUAUCGAUGACCUGGAGAGAUAG